CAUGAUGUAUGUGUUCUCAACGAAUGCUUCGUCGUUAGGCCUUGUGUGCAGCAUGCCUACGUCCAUGAUGUCUUUAUCAAGUCUCCCCAUGGCUUACAUACUAAAGAGCGGUCACAUAUCACCUAGAGUGAUGGCGGUUAUUGGAGCUAUUAUAUCAUCGUUAGGAAUCAUCAUUGCCGGUCAUCUGACAUCUGUAAUCGCUCUUGGAUUCUGCCUGACCAUAACAGGAAUUGGACUGUCGAUGGGGUACCUGCCAUCCAAAGUCUUACUCAACGACUACUUCAUGGAUGAUUUUAUCCUCAUGAAUUCUAUAGGCAAUCUAGGAAGCACUGUAGGUGCAUUAGUUGUUCCUGUGAUCAUUGAAAGAUCACUACAGGCUUACGGGUUCAGUGGUGCCAUGUUGAUCUUAGGAGGAAUCAGCUUACAUGCAAUAGUUGGUAGCGUUACUCUUCGGGCCAAAGAAUGCCCUCGCAAAUCCACAGGCAUCGGGAAGGCAAGGAAAGAUAGUCAAGAAACUGAAGAGAUUCCUCUGAUAAAUCCUAAUAGUGAUUACCAGAGUGUAGAUAUGACUGUGGGGGAACCAGACAUCUCGGUUGACCAUGAAGCAACUUCCACAGAUAUUAGCCAGUAUCAAGAUCAAAUUGGCGAGGAAUCUCCGAGGCAAAGAUUGUGGCACUGGAUUCGGCAUUGCAUCUUCGUGGAGGAACCUCUCAUGUCACUAUCACUUCCUUGUCUCUUCCUCACGUCAUCCAUCUUGCAGUCGUGGUUUUUGUUCCUCGUUCCGAGAGCAGAAUGGCGCAGAAUUCCAUCUUCUACAGCUGUCUUGCUAUCUUCUUUUGGUGGAGGAGGUGGGAUUAUUGGUCGAAUUCUGUGCAUAGUUCUCCUCUACUUUGGGGUCGAUUUCAUCGUGGUUUUCCUGAUCGUGGGCGUGAUAUCAUCGACUACCUUCUUAAUCGAUCCGCUGUUAACAUCGUUCCCGGCCAUGUGCGCCACGGCGUUUGUCCAAGGAAUGUGCCUCUUCAGCUCAUCUCUUGGUUAUGGAGCCUUCAUCAAAGUCGCCGUGUCCAAUGAAAACUUCACGGUUGCCUCGGGAAUAAGCGGCUUGGUGGUCGGCCUCGGAGGAAAUAUAGGAAGUCUGCUGUCAGGUAUGAUCAAGGACAAGACUGGAUCCUAUACCAAAGUAUUCCUUUUUCUUGGUUUUGCCAACUGUCUAACUGUGAUCCUCACCAUUGUCUUCUUGGCUGCCCGACGGAGGCGGGAUCAUCUUUCCUUACAAGAAAACUUAUAAGACAAAUCAUUGUAUUAUAAGCGAGUCUGUAAUUAGCCACUGGAGUCGUAUGACGUCAACGUGUCAUAGGUCAAAUGAACAUAUCUCAAAACUUACUCGCCUGUUCACUCGCAUUCUGUGCGUGCGUUCAUCCUUCACUGUUUAGUGUAUGUAGUACCGAGUGUUCGCCGUGCUUUCUAUAUUUUUAUUCAUCGAAAAUUCCUACAAGAGUUGUU